CAAAUUCGGGUUAAAGGCAAUAAAGAAACCUACCUUGGGAAUGAGAGGUAGGUUAGGUACCUACCUAACUACCAUACAUAGUAAGGUAUCACCAAUUCAAAAAGUUCAUCGCGCGUUUGCAUGCACACGCACGCCGCCUGCCGGGGGGAUUGUGCGACAAGAAGAGAGCCCCAGUUAAAUCUUUGUUUGUUGUUUACAAGCAGACAAGAGAACAAAGGACAAUUGACAAUCGUUCUCUCUCCAAACAAUUGUUUGUGUUACAAAAAAGACAAUUCAAGCAGCAAGCAAUGGCACCAAAAGGGCUCCUGAAGCCCCGUCAGAGGCUAUCUAAAGACCGAUUCCCAGAGUAUUUUGAAAAACUCACUGCUCAAACAUAUGACCACGCAUCAAGGGGAAGCAAUAUCGGAACAAUACGGACAAUCGCUUGGAAUCCAACCGGGUCCUUGGUAGCAACAGGUUCAUCAGACAAGACUUUACGAGUUUGGAACCCUGACAAACCAAAUGUGCGCUAUUCAACUGAGCUCAAAGGGCACCAGGGUGGUAUCGAAAAAAUAGCCUUCAAUCCAGUCAAAGACGCAGAACUCUGCAGCGUCAGUAACGACAGCGUGGUCAAGUUCUGGGACGUAAGGACAAAAACCUGCGUCAACGAGGUCAAGGGGUUGGGCGCGGCGAUCACUGUCGUCUGGGCUCCUGAUGGCGAGUCCUUGAUCGUUGGAAACUCGGCGGACAAUCUCUACGUCUUAUCACCAAGAGAGCCCACUCCACGGGCAUCGUUCCAGCAGCCUCUGCAGACCAACCAGAUCUCAUUCUGUUGGAGCGGUCAGAGGAUAUUCGCUGCCACAGGGGACGGCAGGACUAGGAUACUGUCGUUCCCGGACUUUGAGCCCGCAUACAGGGUUAAUCACCCCGUCUCGGAAGGCGAGACGUCCGAGUUCAGGCUCGCGGGCCACACCUCUGCGUGCCUGACUGCAGAGCUCAGUCCGACCGGCAGAAUCCUGGCAACGGGAGGAUCCGAUUCUAUGAUUGCAUUAUGGGAUACGUCGGACUGGAUCUGUCACAAAACCGUUGGCAAGAUGACUGGGCCAGUGAGAAGCAUCAGUUUUUCCUUUGACGGUUCUUACGUCGUUGGGGGAAGUGAGGACGGUGUCGGAAUUGAGGUUACUCACGCAGAAUCUGGCGAUCAUGUUCACACCAUAAAAACUAUAGGGUCGUGCCCUGUGGUGGCUUGGGCGCCAAACAGAUACUGCCUCGCCUACUCCGAUGCAAACACUCUUCGGAUCAUCGGAGUCGACGCGGACAAUCUAUUGAGGAAGAAUUAAGAGCAACCAUCUCACCGUUCAGCACGCGCACAUCUGCAUCAGAUGUGUUCUUGAAAGUAUACAUAUUAUAGUACCUGGUCUUAACAUGACACAGACUCAGGAACAGCGAUAGGGCUGAGGCGCGUCAUGCAUCGCUAAUAAAACAGCCACUACCCCGGCGAAAUAGCUGAUGUCCCUGGGAUGAGAAGCUGUCGCGCAAAGGCGAUUUUUUUUUUUUUUUUUUUUUUGGUUCAUUUCGUUAUAUAUACUAGGUACCUAUAUGCCUUGUCAAACUUGGCAGGCAUGUAGGAGCGACAACAUGAGGGGGUUUCAAGUUAACAGGUAGCAUCAGAUAAU